UCGGCCGGAACUCUGGCUGAAUGGGCUUCUGGUACGCCACCCCCUGCGAGUAGUUGGCGGGUCCUCCUCUCUGCGAGCGCCAGUGAGUCGCCCUCCCUCGCCCAGAAACCCUCCGCCUGGGCCAGCGCAGGAGGAGCGGGUCUCUGAGGGGAGCGGCGACCCCGCCGGCCUCGGUCUCUUUCCCUGGCGGUGGCGGCUGCGGCUUCUUCCGUAGGACAAUAUGUUCAAGAGAAUGGCCGAAUUUGGGCCUGACUCCGGCGGGAGAGUGAAGGGGGUUACUAUUGUUAAACCAAUAGUUUAUGGCAAUGUUGCUCGAUAUUUUGGGAAGAAAAGAGAAGAGGACGGCCAUACCCACCAGUGGACAGUAUAUGUAAAACCAUACAGAAAUGAGGAUAUGUCAGCAUAUGUGAAGAAAAUUCAAUUUAAAUUACAUGAAAGCUAUGGCAAUCCUUUAAGAGUUGUUACUAAGCCUCCAUAUGAAAUUACUGAAACAGGAUGGGGUGAAUUUGAAAUAAUCAUCAAAAUAUUUUUCAUUGAUCCUAAUGAAAGACCUGUAACCCUAUAUCAUUUAUUAAAGCUGUUUCAAUCGGACACCAAUGCAAUGCUGGGGAAAAAGACAGUGGUUUCAGAGUUCUAUGAUGAAAUGAUAUUUCAAGACCCAACAGCAAUGAUGCAGCAAUUAUUAACAACAUCUCGUCAGCUAACAUUAGGAGCCUAUAAGCAUGAAACAGAAUUUGCAGAGCUUGAAGUGAAAACCAGAGAAAAAUUAGAAGCUGCGAAGAAAAAAACAAGCUUUGAAAUUGCAGAGCUUAAGGAGAGAUUAAAAGCAAGCCGUGAAACUAUAAAUUGUUUAAAAAAUGAAAUCAGGAAACUCGAAGAAGAUGACCAGACAAAAGAGAUAUAAACAGUUCUGAAGAGAACGCGACAGGAAGCUAAACUGAAAAUAAGGUGGACUUCAGAGGAGGGAUGGACUGUAAGCGCCUCCUAGAAGAACUGUGUAUGUAGUUGUUGGCACAGGUUUCUCAGCAACGAGGUCAAAGUAGCUGCUGUGCUUUUUAAGCAGUAUGUAAUGUAAAAUAUAUGUCUAAAAUAAACAUGGAUGCUGUGUAGGCAUUUUUAUCAACCCAUUUUAGGGUAAUUCUAUGAUGUUAAGCACAAUUAAAAAUUUUUGAUUACAUUGUAUGUAUAGCUCCUUUUGACAGGCAUCAAAAAUGCAUUAUAAAUUAUAACUUCCGUUUUCUACUUCCCUGGUAGUUAGAGUUAGUGGUAAGAUUAAUGUGUAUAUUUAAUUUCUUAACUUCUUAACUUUCUUCAUCCUGAUUCUCUUGUAUCUGAGGUGCCAGUACCCACCCAGUAAAUACUCAGUAAAUGUA